GGGCGGGUUGGAUUCUUGGAGGAUGCACGAGCGGGGACGGAGGGAGUGCAAAAAAAAAAGCAACCGGGGCGGGGUGGGGUUGCAUGCUUCAUGUAUUCUGUGUUGACGGGAGAUCUGGAUGUGUUUUCCUUUUGGUUUUGUUUGUUGGAUCGAUAUGUGAUACCUUGCGAGUGGGGGGGUGGUCUGUCUCUGUCUUUAUGUCUGUCUGUCGGUCAGUCUGUCUCUUACCUCUUACCUCUAUAUUUUAUGUCUAUUCUUUCUUCAACUCUUUCCUAGUGACUAUGAUUCAUGCCGAUGAUUCUGAAGAUGAUGGUGGAUGGUGAGGUUGCGGGGAUAUAUUACCCCUCCGCUCUUCACUCCCCUCCAGUUUAAUUGUUUGUUUCGUUUGUUUCGUUUGU